GACUCGGUGGUUGCCACCAGCGGCAGCGCGCGCGAGUCCCUGCUGGGUCUGGCUGCGGAGCGCGAUCGGCUGCAACGGCAGGUUCAGGAGAUGCGUACGGAUGUCUCCAAUGCUCGACAGGAUUUGUCGACCCAACACGCCCGGCAGAAGGUGCAGACGGAUGAGUUGCCUGCGACCUCAGUGACCGGCUUUGGCAGUUGA